AUGCCCGACUCGCCGUUUUUCAUACCCUUGUGGCCGUUGUUUGACAAAGCCGUCACUACCGCUUCCGGAGGCCGCUUUGUUCCCUCCGAGUUUGCUUUUGUCCCAGGUGAGACUCCAAUGAGUACUUUCCCUCCAGUGGCCGCUGCUAUUGCUGUUUACUACGUGGUGAUUUUCGGCGGCAACUUCUUGUUCAAGAAAUUGGGCGUCAAGCCGCUUGUGUUGAACGGGUUGUUUCAGAUCCACAACUUGUUCCUCACCACGUUGUCGUUGACCUUGUUGGUGUUGAUGAUGGAGCAGCUCAUUCCCAUCAUCUACAACCACGGCUUGUUCUACGCCAUCUGCAGCCCCAACGCCUGGACCCAGGAGCUUGUCACGUUGUACUACUUGAACUACUUGACCAAGUUCACCGAGUUUCUCGAUACCGUGUUUUUGGUGGUGAAACAGAAGAAAUUGACGUUUUUGCACACCUACCACCAUGGCGCUACCGCCUUGUUGUGCUACACGCAGUUGAUCGGUAAAACCCCUAUUUCUUGGGUCCCCAUCUCCUUGAACUUGGGUGUGCACGUGGUGAUGUACUGGUACUACUUUUUGGCCGCCAGAGGCAUCAGAGUGUGGUGGAAGGAGUGGGUCACUCGUUUCCAGAUCAUCCAGUUUAUCUUGGACUUGGGCUUUGUCUACUUUGCCACUUUCCACAAGCUCAUUUACUUGUAUGUGCCCUCUGCCAGACACAUUUUGUUUGUUUGUUCCGACUGCGCUGGCUCCAUGAGCGCCGCAUACUACGGAUGCGCCAUCUUGUCCUCGUACCUCGUCUUAUUUAUUGCCUUCUACAUCGACGUGUACAAGAGAAAGGGCUCCAGAAGAUCCAAGAGAGUCAAGUCUGUCCUGGGCGGUGUGGCUGCUCAAGUGAACGAGUACGUCACUGCCUCCGACAGAGACUCCCCUGCUCCAGAGACCCUCCGCAAGAGGAAAUAA